AUGGAUGAGUUUGCUUUUGAUAUCAAGACUUGGUUUGUUCAUCCUAGUGGUUUGAAUGCUUUUGAAGAGUUAUCUGGGAUUCCCUGUGUCCAUGCCCAAGCAACCAUAAUUUACACACAACAGGAUCCAACUAGAUUCAUCAGCACAUGGUUUGGUAAGGACAAGUUCUUAACUACUUAUGAGUAUAACAUCCUUCCUGUUAAUGGUAGUAAUAUGUGGGAACCAACACCUUACACCAAACCACUACCACCUAUUGAAAGAAGGAUGCCAGGAAGGCCUUGUAUGAAAAGGAAAAGGCAUGUCUCUAAGCAUCAAGACAGGUUUUCCCAAGUCUCCUCUAAGGGUAGAGCUAUCCAAUGUCAGAAUUGUAUGCAAAUGGGGCACAAUAAAGUGUCUUGCAAGAAUCCCUCAGUCCAACCAACACCAAAGCCUAAGAAGAAAAUAGGAAGGACAAGGUUGAAUCCAAAAUUGACCAAUUGCACUAGACUUGGUAGAGGUGGUGGAAGAGGUGGUAGAAGAGGUGGAAGAGGUGGUAGAAAAGGGGGUAGAAGUGGUGGAAGAGGGUCUACCAGUGUUUAUGAAGAAGGUGAAAGUUAUGGGAAAAAAGAACCUGGGAUUGAGACUCAAUUUCUCACCCAAACGACACCUAAUGUUGAGAGUCAAUUUGUCACCCAAACAGCACCUACUGUUGAUAGUGAACAUGUACUAGAAACACAGGAAGCUGAUGUUAACAUUGAUGAUGAAGGUGAUGGUAUUGAUAUGGAUGAUCUGGAUCAAAUACUGAGUGAUUUGAGUUACCUUAGAGAGUCAAAAUACAGUGAAGCAGAGAUCCAUAUGUGUCUUAAUAUCACCCAAUCACAACUGAAAGGAUUUGAUGCUUUUAUUCACCAAUCCAAACAAGCUGCAAAGGAUGUGCCUUAUGUGAGUGAACAUGUACCAGAAACACAGGAGGACAAUGGUGAAGAUGGAGCUGAAGAAUCACAGGAGGACAAUGAUGAAGUUGGAGCUGAAGAAUCAUAG